AUGUCCCAAAGACAUAAAAGCAAAACGGCAAAAGCCGAUAAAGCUUCCUUUUUCCUGACGAGAGCCUCAGCACUAAAAGCCCGCGAAGGUCUGAAUGCCUCCCAAGGUGGCGGCGAUGCAGGAUCCCGAGACAGCUCACCCUCACCUCUGGCGUCUCCCAGCUUGACUCCUGACGACUGGCCUCUUACAAUGGGCACGAUGAGGACACUUAUGGCUGAGCUGUCAGAUACCAUACAAGCCACAAUCAGAGGUCAGAUGCAGGCUGUGGCCACAGAAUUGAGGGAAGAAAUCCAUGAAAUAAGCCAACGCACAGAGCACAUAGCAAAAGAGAGGGACGAAUACGCUAGGGCUCGCAAUUCAGUAGCUGACAAGCUGCAGGAAAAUGAGGCUCUCCUGGGCUCAGUUCAACUCAAACUAGCCGACAUGGAGGACAGAUCUCAGCGAAAUAACCUCCACAUAUGA